AAAUAACAUCCUGAAAGUAAAUAAAAGAGAGGAGGUUCUUGAAACACACAGAUGUUCUGUAGUCUUGUAGCUGAGAUAACCAUGACUGUGAUUUUGCUGCUCACAUUUCUGCCUGGGCUGUGUUUCUCGUUAUUUACAGAAAAUCUUGCUUUGAAAGCCAAUGCUGUGCAGUCCUCCACUUAUGAUAGUUUGGGAAAGGCUCAGAAUGCUGUAGAUGGCAACAUAGAGUCAAAUUACAGGCAUUCAUCAUGCAGUCACACUAAAAUUGAGAAAAAUCCAUGGUGGAGAGUUGAGUUGCAUGGCGUACGCAAUGUUACCUCAGUUUCAAUCAGAAAUCGUGAAGACUGUUGUUCACAACGAAUAAAUGGAGCUCAGAUUCACAUUGGAAGCAGCCUGGAAAACAAUGGCAAUAACAACAAUCUGGCAGCAAUUGUCCGUUCAUUUUCUGGCGUAAAGACAUUCAGGUUUAAACCUAUAGAAGGGAAAUUUGUCAACAUUUUUCUGCCUGGACACCAACAAAUUCUAACACUGUGUGAGGUGGAGGUAUUUGCAGAUGAAGAUGUUACACCCCUGUCUGUUCAUCUCCAUGAAAAAUCGACACAGCGUAAUCUGGCCCUCAGAGGAAGAACCACACAGUCCAGCCUGCAUAAGGAAUGGUCUGGCUUUAGUUUAGCUCAAAACGCUAUUGAUGGAAACCAAAAUUCAAUCCUUGAGAAGGGUUCUUGCAGCCAAACUGCACAAGAGGAUUUCCCUUGGUGGAGGGUUGACCUUCACCAUAGAUAUGCAAUCAAAUCAGUAGCUCUAACAAGUCGUGGCGACUGCUGUUGGGAAGACUUGACUGGUGUCGAAAUCCGUAUUGGGAACUCGCUGGAAAACAAUGGAAAGGAGAACCUGAUAUGUGCUACAGUGUCAAAUAUCACAGCAGGUGAGACUAAGUCCUUUGGCUGUAGCUCUCUGAUUGAAGGACGUUAUGUGACAAUAGUUCUCCCAAGAGAAGGAAUUCUGAGUCUGUGUGAAGUGGAGGUGUUUGGUUUUCCAAUGGGUCAAAAGGGGAGAUUGCGUCUGGAUUAAGGCAGGGACUUCUGACUGGGCAUUGCUUUUUACCAUAAAAUUGAUUUUUAAAUGUCAAGUUCAUAUUUUAAGACAGGAACAAUAUGUUAAAACAUUAAAAUCAUUGCUUCAGUGAUGUAUAAAUCCAUAUUAAAUGCACCCAUAUUUGAUGCGCAAAA